AUGACAGCUCUUCAACACAACACUGACUGGAAUGUAUCCAGGUCAGACGUGUUCCUGAUUGGAAGUUUGACGUUGUUAUCAUUGAUGGCGGCUUUUGACGCUACAAUUCUGAUUCCCACACUGCCAGUAGGAAACGCACAAAGCCUCAAUGGAACCGCCAGCGAUACAUUUUGGGCGGGAACUUCAUUCCUUCUCGCAAACGCCGUCUGCCAACCAGUCAUCGCAGCUAUCUCCGAAAUCUUCGGACGUCGGGCCCUGCUUAUCAUCAUGAUUCUGGUGUUCUCCCUUGGGACGGCUCUAGCAUGUUCUGCGCACGCUUUCCCGCAACUCCUCGCAGGCCGCUCCGUACAGGGUAUUGGCGCAGGAGGAAUUUUCUCCAUGGUGCUGGCUAUAUUCACAGAUCUUAUUCCUCUUCGACUGCGACCAAAGUAUUGGGCUGCGAUACAAGGGGCUUGGGCCGUGGGAACGGUCGUGGGGCCAGUUAUCGGCGGCGCAUGCGCGCAUCCUCAAACGUGGCGGUGGGUUUUUUACAUUAAUUUUCCACUGUGUGCUAUUUCGUUGGUGGCUGUUCUAUUGUUGUAUCGGCCCGAAGGGUCUUUUGGCACAAGGACGCAAGAAUCAUUUCUAACAAAGUCACAUCGGCUCGAUUUCGUUGGUUAUGGGUUGUUUCUGGGCAGUACGACCAGCUUUUUAAUCGGAAUUACAUGGGGAGGCGUACAGUACAACUGGGAUUCCGCACAAGUUAUUGUUCCAAUAAUCCUAGGAUUAGCAGGGAUCGCCUUCACAAUUACAUGGGAGAAGUGGGGAACGGAGAGUCCUUUUCUGCCGAUUUGGAUUUUUGAAGAUUUUCGAACGACAGCAACGUAUCUUGGUGGGAUGCUCCAAGGUUUAAUUGUGCGUUCGGUCGCGCAAUCCAUCUUGCAUUUCCAGAGAGCAGAAAAUACUGACGGACCAUUCCAGCUCUUUGCCGAAGCGUACUACAUCGCUGUUUACCUCGAAGGCGUGAAACUCUUCGACCCCUUGAAAACAGGCUUAAGUAGCCUCCCCAUGACCGCCGGCAUGCUUCCAGUCUCCGUCAUUGCCGGAGUCCUCAUGACACAUACAGGCAGGUACCGAUGGUGUCUAUGGAUCGGCUGGCCACUUACCACACUCGCAUCUGGGCUCCUCGUCCUCCUCAAAUCAGAUACCAACACAGUUGUCUGGGUGAUACUGUUGAUUAUAGCGGGUAUAGGACAUGGUUUCCUUUUGGGCCCAGGGUUGUUUGCUGCGCAGGCUUCUUGUACUCAGGACGAUGUUGCUGUAGCGACGUCACUAUAUAGCUUUUUGCGCAGCUUCGGGAUGUGCCUUGGUGUUGCUACAGGAGGCACGAUAUUUCAGAAUGUGCUGAAGGGUAAUUUGAGAGAUGAUGGGUUUCCCGGAUGGAUUGCGACGGACGCGACGGCAUAUGCGCAGAAGUUAAGAAAUAUGAUGGAUACCGGGGAGAAACCAUUCAUGAGGCAGAUGAUUCAGGAUGAUUUUGCUCUGGGUUUUCAGGCGGUUAUGGUCUUGUUGACGGGUGUCGGGGCUGUGGGAUUUGGUCUAAGUCUUUUUGUUAAGAAAAGAGUUAUGAAUUGA